GCCGUGCAGUGACGUCAUCACGGAACAAGAAGGAUACCUUGGUCGGGGGGAGAAAAAAUCCCAAAAGAAACAACACCACCACAAACAUUUCCUGGAUAAAUACAUGCCCAGCAUCGGCCGUAAAAGAAAAAAAAAAAAAAAAAAAACCUCACCGGAAAACGGAGGCACUAACAGAGUUGACGUUAAGACGUGAAGGUGAAGCGCGCGACGCUGCGUGUUGAAAGAUUCCUCGAUGCAUCCGCUCUGCGCGCGCGGAACUAUGAAGUCCGAGAUCAGCGCCGCCGUCGGUUUCCUGUCCAGGUUCCUGCGCGUGAAGGGACUCGUGAACGACCGACAACUUCAGACGUUCAGCCAGAUUCUCCAGGACAUGAUGGCAGAGCAAUACAAGCACCACUGGUUUCCUGAUCGGCCGUGCAAGGGCUCGGGCUACCGCUGCAUCCGGAUCAACCACAAGAUGGACCCGCUGGUGGGCCAGGCGGGCCAGCGCAUCGGCCUCAGUACGCAGCAGCUCUACCUGCUGCUGCCCAGCGAGCUCACGCUUUGGGUCGACCCGUUCGAGGUGUCGUACCGCAUCGGCGAGGACGGCUCCAUCUGCGUCCUUUACGAAUCGCCGCCCAGCACCGGCGCUAAUGGAAACGCCAGCGUCCACGCUUCCACUGGAACCGCAAGCUCCGCCUCAUCCGUGUCGUCCAUGCUGGAUAGUCACAUCAGCUGCAAGGAAGAACUGCUGGUGCUCGGCCGAACCAGCCCGGCCAAGCCCUACAUGAUGACCGUGUCCAGUUAGAGUCGCGGCUCGUCGUGUUUUUCUUUUUUUUUUUUCGUUUCGUUUUGUUUCUUUUUAAAUAAUGCAAAAAAAGAGGAAAAAAAAUCGCGAAAGAGGAGAAA